GGCACGUUCAUUUUCUGCGUCCGUGUUUCUCACUUCCGCUUGUGAGGAUUUCAGGUCGGAGGGAGCAUUUCUAAGGCUACAGCCCAGGACUUUAUCUCAGCAGCCUUUGGACACUGCAGAAUUGAUAGUGUGGACUAGCAUUGGACUUUUUCAAGAUGAGCUUCCUCUUACCCAAACUGACCAGCAAGAAAGAAGUAGACCAGGCGAUCAAAAGCACUGCGGAGAAGGUGUUGGUUCUCAGGUUUGGGAGGGAUGAGGACCCCGUCUGUCUGCAGCUGGAUGAUAUUCUCUCAAAGACUUCAGCUGACCUGAGUAAAAUGGCUGCUAUUUACCUGGUGGACGUGGACCACACGCCGGUUUACACACAGUAUUUUGACAUCAGUUACAUUCCCUCUACCGUAUUUUUCUUCAAUGGACAGCACAUGAAGGUGGAUUAUGGGUCUCCAGAUCACACUAAAUUCGUAGGAAGCUUCAAAACCAAACAAGACUUCAUAGAUUUGAUUGAAGUCAUCUACCGGGGAGCGAUGAGGGGGAAACUUAUUGUCCAGAGUCCUAUUGAUCCCAAGAACAUACCCAAAUAUGACCUCCUCUAUCAAGACAUUUAACACACUCACUGCUGUUGGAGAUGAGAGAAGCACAGGUUGAAACAGGGCCUGAACCCAGAGGGCCUGUGGUCUGGAGUCCCUCAGAGACAUGUUCACCGCCUGAGGAAAGAGGUUUGCGGUGUCUAUAAUCAACAGCCCCUUUGCAGCAGCCCCAGCGCUCCAAGAAUCGGGAUGCCCGAGCGUCCCUUCCCUGAGAGCCUCACAGGAGUGAGGUGAGAGUCCGAGUGCUGCCUGUUUGUGACUUCCCUUUAUCUUGACUUUUCCUCACCCCUUAAGGUCAAGCACCAUCCUAGAAGUGCUCAGUUAGCCAUGUGUGCACAUCCUCCCCCAUGUCUCUGUUCACUUGCGCCCCCUGCUCCCUCCUAUCCCAGCUUCUCUUGGGCUAACUAAUAAUUAGGUGCAGGCGAGUUCAUUGUUUCCUCAAAGACUGAAAGCAGUACCCUGUCCACUGUUUAUAGCCAUCAGGCCAUUAAUUGCCAGGAGAAAAAUGUGACUCUUUCCCAUCCAGCACAGUUUGAGCUAAACAACAAGUUUGGGAAAUAAGGGACCGAACUCCCCAGAAAGCACUGCCACCACCUAUUACCUCAAGGACUAAAGACCAAAAGGAUGUCAGAUUGCUAAGGGGGAAACGCCUUGAGGGGUUUGCAAUUCAUCCAAGGGCUUUUGAAGAAUGUGACCCAACCUCAGGAAACUUGUGUUUCUCCUAAGCCUUAUGAGAGUGGUUGUCCCUGUCAUUCUGGAAUGAGAGAGCAGGCACAGAGCUGGGCAGCAAGGAACUUGUUGCCAGCAGAGGCCCAGGUGUGCAGGAGCCCCCCCCCCCCCCACACACACACACACACAUCGGCUGCUUAUUUCUAAGCUUGGCCUCUAGGGGAAAGUGAAACCCUGGCCUGGUUCUCACAGACGGGGCACAGAAAGAAGGUUGUUUGGGUUUUCUGUGUCCUCUGCCCAGAGCCGAGAGAUGCUUCAGGGAUGGCCAGAGAACCCCUUCCCAUCAUCUCCUUAGGAUGCUCGGGGCUAUAGCAGCGCCCCCCCACACACACACACACACCCACACCCACACCCACACAUGGAUGAAAACUUUGAGAUUCUAAGAGUCAGAUCCCUAAGCUACUGAAGUUCUAGGUGUACGAUAAACGAUCCUCCACACCCCUAGGGUGGAAUAAAAGGUCUGUCCAGCUCACUGUCGGCCGGGUCUUCUGUCCGUCAAGCUAGGCACUCAGGUGCAAGCAAGAGCUCAAAUCUUGCACAGGGCAAAUACCAUCGGCUUCCUUCCUUAGGGGUAGGUGAGGAUUGGGUGGGAGGGGCUGUAGUCUGGAUUCAUGUUUUAGCUCCUAUGUUGGUUACUUGCCCUUCCACAGUCCUUAUUAAACAUGUGUUGUAUACCCUGUCCAGUACUAGA